AUGAAAUUAUGCGCGGAUGCCGAUAGUUGUAUUGGACAUGGUCCAUGUCUGACGAAUAUGUGUGCUAAUAUAGCUGGUAAAGUUCUUGAGAUUCGAUACAAUGGUCAAACCUUGCCAUCGUUCAGUGAAUUGAUCCAUGAUACAUCCGUAUUACGUCGAUAUUACUUUCUCAUUGUGAUUUUCUUUGCUUGUUUUGGUUUAAUGAACAAUAUCAUCAGUUUGGUAACAUUCUUACAUGAUCGUAUACGAUUUACUGUAAGUGGAGUUUAUUUGAUCAUGUAUGCAUUAUGUGGAUUGAUCACUAUGGCUUUGUUUUUGAUAAACAUCCUUAUUACGUUUCUACCGAAUGGAUUUUUCUUCAGUCAAUGGAUUUGUCAUAUUUAUCCAUAUUUGUUUCUUAUUUUCAGUAAUACAAGUAUUCUGAUGAGCGCAGCGAUUACUGUUGAGAACAUUCUAUGUCGAUGUUUUUGUUUCGAUCGGUUUCGAUCUCGUAAAUGUGCUUUGUUUGUUACGUUUAAUCUUCUUAUCAUUGUUUCAAUAUCGAAUCUUGACAAAAUCUUCGCUCGUCAUGCAAUCACUAAUCGGACGGACCAAUUUUACUGCACUUUUAAAGACUAUACACAUCGGAUUUGGCUCGAUUUCAACAAUUUCAUCUCUUAUAUUUAUGUAUUUACUGCGUGUAUCAUUCAUUUAAUAUGUAUGACAUUUCUAUUCAUAAGAAUACAACAGCACAAGCAGAACUGGUUCCAAAAUUGGUUAUUAUAUCAGGAUAUUCUUUGGCCAUCACUGCUCAUUGUUCUAUGUUCAGCUCCGUACGCCAUCUUACACUAUGUUUUGUAUACACAUGAUCUAUUGUCAAAUCGAUUCUACAUGCAUCUUCAUACUGGAUUCAUUCUUUGUGUUCAUAUUCCACAAAUGUUAACGUUUUUUAUAUAUAUUUUACCGAAUCGAUACUACGUGAAGGAAUUUCAACGUUCGUUUAUAUGCAAAAAGUUAUGUUGUUUGCAUGCAGCUAGUAAACAAGCCCAAGUACAAGAAUUCGAAAUGAAAUACAAGACAUGGCAACAGGGAACAGCACUAGAACCUGUAAUGACGAUCUCAACACUCAACGAUUAUUACAUCAGAGGAGAAAUCUAUGACAGAAUAAAACUAGAAGUGUAG